AUGUGCAGCUCUGGAGCUCCACAGGGGACCGUGCUGUCCCCCAUCCUCUUCACUCUGUACACCGCAGACUUCUGCUACAACUCUGCAAUGUGUCACAUCCAGAAGUUCACAGAUGGCCAUCAUGGGGUGUAUCAGAGACUACGAAGAGGAGGAGCCUGUCUGCAGCUUAACACCUCAAAGACCAAGGAACUGGUCAUCGUCUUCCGGAGGGACAGACCCAGUCCUAGACCCGUUGGGGCGGAGGAUGUGGAGGUCGUGCAGACCUAUAAAUAUCUUGGGCUGUGGCUGGACAACAAGCUGGACUGGACAAGCAACACGAGGCAGCUGUACAACAAGGCCCAGAGAAGGAUGUACUUCCUGAGGAGGCAGAGAUCUUUCAAGAUCUGCAAGAAGCUCCCGGGGAUGUUUUAUCAGUCUGUGGUCGCCAGCAUCCUGAUCCUACGCUGUGGUGUGCUGGGGAUGGAGCACUUCAAAGCCAGACCUCUCCAGUGCAGGACCAACAGACUGAGGAACUCCUUCGUCCCCCGGGCUAUCAAACUGUUCAACUCCUCACUGGGGGGAAGGAGGGCCAAGAAGAACAACAAGAACAACAGAAGAACAGAUGGACUAUGGGGAGCAGCUCUCAGUCUCAGUCAGUCAGUUUGUGUCGGAGACCAGAAGAACAUGGAUUCAACCUUCAUCAGAGUCUGCCUCCUCUUCAGCACUGCAGUCUGGUUGUUUUCUCUUUCAGAUGCAUUCUUGCGUUAUUCUUUGUGGAACUGUGAGUUUAACUCCAGUAAACCGGAGAACAUCGAGUUCAUCUUCUCCAACUAUUACAACAAGUUGGAGCUCUUCAGGUUCACCAGCAGUUCAGGGAAGUUUGUUGGCUACACGGAGUUUGGAGUGAAGCAGGCGAACUACUUCAACAAUAAUCCUACGAUCAUGAGCGGGUGGAGGGCUCAGAAGGAGAGAGUCUGUGUUCACAACAUUGAUAUCUGGUACAGCAACAUUCUGGAUAAAUCAGUGGAGCCGAAGGUCAAACUGCGCUCCACGGCGCCCCCUCCUGGCCAGCACCCCGCCAUGCUGGUCUGCAGCGCCUACAACUUCUACCCCAAGAACAUCAAGAUGACCUGGUUCAGAGACGGACAGGAGGUCCAAACCUCCGUCAGCUACACUGAUGAGCUGGCAGGUGGUAACUGGUACUACCAGUACCACUCCCACCUGGAGUACACGCCCCGGUCUGGUGAGAAGAUCUCCUGUGUGGUCCACCACGUCAGCCUGAAAGAAGCUCUGAAAAUUGACUGGGAUCCGUCCAUGCCUGAGUCUAAGAGAAACAAGAUCGCCAUCGGAGCUUCAGGACUGGUCCUGGGUCUGGUCUUGUCUCUGGCUGGAUUCAUCUACUACAAGAGGAAGGCCCAAGGACGUAUUCUGGUCCCCUCUAGCUGAGCUCCGAUCCUGGUCCUGGUCCUGGUUCUGGUCCAGGUCCUGGUCCUGGUCCUGGUCCUGGUCC